CUGGAGGAGUCGGAAGACCGUUCAACGUCUACUGCGACAUGGACACCGCUGGUGGUGGUUGGACGGUCUUCCAAAGAAGAAAGGACGGUUCUGUUGAUUUCAGUGGUAAUUGGUCAGACUAUAAGAAGGGCUUCGGGAGCGUUUCUGGUGAACACUGGCUUGGAAACGAUAAGAUUCAUCGCCUGACGAGCCAGAAGACGUAUGCACUACGGGUCGAUAUUGAAGAUUUCUCUGGGAGGACCAGCCAUGCCAGUUACCGCGAGUUCAUGAUUGGCAAUGAGACCAUGAAUUAUGAGCUGAAGCUAGGUGCUUAUUCUGGUGGAAGUGCAGGUAACUUUCCUCACAAUAAUGACCCUUUGUCCCUGGCUUCAUACAUGGACCGGGAGUAG